AUGAAUAUACUUCGACAGCAAGCUGUUCGUCAGAUCAAAACAUUAUUUCGUUCUAUACCUGAGAUUCGUCGAAUAAAUGAUGAUCAAGCAUAUUUUGAUGAAAAACUCUAUGCAUUAACACGUAUUGAACCAGUUCGUCAUAAAGAAUCAGCAACACCUUUAGGUCGUUUCAUAGUCUCAUUACCACAAUGUCAAGCAGCUUCAUUAAUUGAAGGUGAUCUUGAAUUUAAUAAGAAUACAAAUAUUCGAGCAUUGCCAAUUGAACAAUCUGAUCAACAAGCUGUUUUAGAUAAAGAUGGUGGAUUACGAGUACCAAUUAAUUCUUCGACAUUUUUUACCACAGCAUUCAAUGAAUUAGUCAACAUAACUCGUACAUCUUCUUAUUAUGAUCCAAAACGAUAUCGAUACUAUUUCGAUGAUUGGAGAAAAAUACCGAAAUGGACUGAGAUAACGGAUAGAUCAUUAGAUGAACAAAAAAAUAAAAAAGUUGUUGUUGAAUUUAGUUCACCAAACAUUGCUAAACCACUUCAUGCUGGUCAUUUACGUUCAACUAUACUUGGUCAAUUUAUUGCAACAAUACAUGAACGUUUUCAACAUUCUGCUUAUCGAUUAAAUUAUCUUGGAGAUUGGGGAACACAAUAUGGUCGUCUUGCGGUUGGAUUUGCAAAAUUUGGAUCAUAUGAAGAACUUAAUAAACAUGCACUUAAACAUCUUCUUGAUGUUUAUGUACGUGCUAAUAAAGAUGAUUCAUUACAAGAAGAUGCAAUGAAAUAUUUUGCUAAAAUGGAAGCAGGUGAUAAAGAAGCAUUGGAUUUAUGGAAAACUUUUCGUGAAAUGUCAAUAAAUAAUUUAAAACAAGUUUACCAAUUAUUUAAUAUUCAGUUUGAUGAAUAUCAUUCUGAAUCUCAAUUUAGUAAACAAGGAAAAGAAAUAGUUCAACAACUUUGUCAACUUGGUUUAUGUAAACAACGUUCGGAUGGUGUUUGGGAAGCAAUUAUUCCUGCGAAAUAUAAUUCUCUACCACGAGAUGCUUGUGUUGUUGUUCAGAAAUCUGAUGGAACUACUCUAUAUAUUACAAGAGAUAUUGCUGCAUUGAAAUCACGUUUACAAACUAUACCAAUUGAAAAAAUUCUCUAUGUUGUAGAUUCUAGUCAAACAGAACAUUUUCGAAAUUUAUUGACAAUAUCAAAAGCAAUGAAUUUUGAUCAAGUACAAAAUUGGAGUUUAGAUGAUAUUUUUGUUCCAUUUGGUCGUAUGAUUAAUUUUCAAACACGAAAAGGAAAUUUUAAUUUAUUAUCUGAUGUAUUCGAUGAUGCAAAAGAACGAGCAAAAGAAGGACUUGAUCGAUUUUUAAUUCGUAAAGAAGGAAUUGAUCAUGCCAAAGUAUCUGAAGUUAUUGGAAAAGCUUAUUUGAUUUUAACUGAUUUUUCACGACCACGACGUACUGAUUAUAUAUUCUCUUGGCAUGAUAUCUCAUCAAAAGAUGGUAUUGCUUUUCUAUUACUAUAUUGUCAUGCUAGAUUAUGCAGUCUAGAAAAAGAAGUUAAAAUACCUAUAGAUUGGUCAGCAAAUGUGAAUUUAUUGACAGAUCGACGAGAACAUACUCUUAUACAACAAUUAAGCACGUAA